UUCACGUUGUAAAGAUGGAAAAUCAACAUGUUUGCAACAAUGAGCAUUCUUUGGUAUUCAAUGAAGACGAGAGAAGAGGACUUCUUUGUUGGGCAUGCAGGGAACCAGUAUUGGGUCCUAGUUAUAGUUGCAUAAAAUGCAACAAGUUUCACCAUCAUAAAUCGUGUGCAGAACUACCUCGUGAGUUGCAACAUCCUUUGCAUCCAAAACAUUCUCUUAUUCUCUUUGCGGAAUGGAAACGUGUUUGUGACAAAGAGUAUAGCAAAUGUGAAGUCUGCAAAGAAUUUCUUGAGGAAUACACUUACGGUUGUUCCCAUUGCAACUUUAACCUUCACAGCAAAUGUGCUUCUUUACCACUCACCAUAGAAACUGAAGUCCAUGACCACCCAUUAACACGCAUGUGGAAGUCAAUAAAGUUCACUUGUGACCUUUGUGGCAAAGAAGGCAAUGUGCCCUUUCUUUGUGCAUCGUGCAAUUUCUGUAUUCAUCCAAGUUGUGCGUCUUACGUACGCAAUGUCAAAGUUAUACGUCAUGACCACAUCCUCCACCUUACCAUUUCUUCUCUUGAAGUUAGUCAAUCUGUUUCCCGAUUUUGUCGCCUCUGUGUUCAGAAAGUGGACAUAGAUUAUGGGUUUUACUAUUGCUCAAGUUGCGAUUUUGUUGCCCACCUUGACUGUGCUACGGACAAGGAAAAUAGGGAGGACAUAAAUUUGAUAAAACUUAUAGAUGAGUCAAAAAAUGAUGAUCUAGAGCUGGAUGGAUCUAUAAACUCAAAAACUUACAUAGUCAAAAAAAUCAAUGUAGGUGAGGAUGGAAUUGAAAUUGCCACAGAAAUCAAACACUUCAGUCAUGAACAUGACUUAAAGCUUACCAAUGAGGUUGAGAAUAACAAAAAAUGUGAUGGUUGCUUACGAGUCAUUCUCCCUCCAUUUUACAGUUGUACCAAGUGCAACUUCUUUCUUCAUAAAUCUUGUAUUGAAUUACCUAGAAAAAAACGACACCCACUUCAUCGACACCCACUCAACCUUCUCCCAAAGGCACCUUAUAGGAGUAAGUUAUUUAGGUGUGAUGCUUGUUGCCAAGAUUGCAAUGGCUUCACCUACCAUUGUGAGGAAUGCAACUUUGAUCUUGAUGUUCAAUGUAGUUUGAUGUUGGACGUCCUUAUCCACAAAGGGCACGAGCAUUAUCUUCACCUCUCCAACACAAGAUAUGAACAAAAAUGUAGUAGUUGUGACUUUGAAAGUUUCCAAGUAUAUCGUUGUAUUACUUGUGAAUUUGCAUUAGACUUUAAAUGUGCUACACUACCACUUACUGCAAGGUACAGACAACAUGAGCAUCCCUUCACUCUCAAUUAUGCUGUUGAAGAUGACUCUGGUGAAUAUUAUUGUGAUAUAUGUGAAGAAGAACGAGAUCCAAAGCUUUGGUUCUACUACUGUGCAGAUUGUAGUUAUCCUGCUCAUCCAAAAUGUAUUCUUGGGAACUACCCAAAUUUUAAGUUUGGAAGUGCUUACUCAUUUUAUUGUCACCCACACCCCCUUACAUUCAUUGAGAAAAUUAGAGACCAUCCUACUUGUCACAAAUGUGGCCAUCCCUGUGAAGAAUUUAUCUACCAAUGUGCCCCGUGUAAUUUCAACUUGCACAGGCCUUGUUUAUUGAAAUGA